AUGUCAACGUCAAAAACAGAUCAUUGUCUGAAUGAAAAUGAACCCAAUUCACCAAAUUGUGAUGUGAAUCAGUUGAAAUUGUUUCCACGAAUGUGGUUCUAUGUGAAAUUAUCGGCGAAGAAAACUUAUUCAGUAUGUAAUUCAGCUGGAGAGAGAAUUGCUUGGUUUUUCGGCAUUACAAAACCAAAAUAUCACGCUGAACUUGAACGUUAUGAUCGUAUGAACGAAGAGGAACGUGAAGCAUGGCGACAAGCAUUUCAAGAUAUCGAACAUACCGAUCAUAUUCGCGAAUCGAUCAGAUAA